AUGGAGUUUUUACGUGGUGUUUAUGCGUUCAUGCAAGUGAGUAGAUCAUCGGUGUCUCAUGUCAAAAUCGAUUCACCUGUUUUUCGCCUACACACAAAUGCAACUGUUAUUUUAUUAAUAACAUUCUCGAUCGCUGUUACGACGCGGCAGUACGUAGGAAAUCCCAUAGACUGUGUACAUACAAGAGACAUUCCCGAAGAUGUCCUCAACACGUAUUGUUGGAUACACUCGACAUAUACAGUGGUGGACGCUUUCAUGAAAAAACAAGGUUCCGAGGUGCCUUUUCCUGGAGUUCAUAAUUCGCAGGGACGCGGUCCUCUCACAAUAAAGCAUACGAAAUAUUAUCAAUGGGUAGCGUUCACGCUAUUUUUUCAGGCGAUUUUAUUUUACACACCAAGAUGGCUGUGGAAAUCUUGGGAAGGUGGCAAAAUUCAUGCACUUAUCAUGGACUUAGAUAUAGGAAUUUGUUCCGAAGCCGAGAAAAAACAAAAAAAGAAAUUACUAUUAGAUUACUUAUGGGAAAAUCUAAGGUAUCACAACUGGUGGGCUUACAGAUACUACGUGUGCGAAUUACUGGCACUCAUAAAUGUGAUAGGUCAAAUGUUUCUUAUGAAUCGAUUUUUCGAUGGCGAAUUUUUGCAAUUUGGCUGGAAGGUUAUAAAAUAUAUGGAGGACGAUCAAGAAGAUCGAAUGGAUCCCAUGAUCUACAUAUUCCCUAGAAUGACCAAAUGUACAUUUUUUAAAUACGGUUCAAGCGGGGAGGUGGAGAAACACGACGCCAUUUGCAUACUGCCAUUAAAUGUUGUUAAUGAGAAAAUAUACAUUUUCCUUUGGUUUUGGUUCAUACUUUUAACGUUUCUAACACUGUUAACGUUAAUAUACAGGGUGGUAAUUAUAUUUUCACCACGCAUGAGGGUGUACUUGUUUCGUAUGCGAUUUAGGUUAGUGCGUCGAGACGCUAUUGAAAUAAUCGUUCGUCGGUCGAAGAUGGGCGAUUGGUUUUUAUUAUAUUUAUUAGGUGAAAAUAUAGAUACGGUUAUAUUUCGUGAUGUUGUACAGGAUUUAGCCAAUCGUUUAGGACAUAACCAACACCAUAGGGUGCCUGGACUGAAAGGUGAAAUACAGGAUGCAUGAUAUUGGGAGUAUUAGAAAGUAUACAAAAUGCAAUUUGUCGUCUCAAUAUAACCGUCACUAUCACAAAUAAUAAUAUCAACACCAAAACCGCUUUAGUAACAGCAGCAGUAGCACCGGCUUCCAAAAAUUCUCACCAAUGCAAAACUAAUAAAAAUAAAAACUACAGAAAAACUCCAAAAAAAGCGAAACCACAUUAACGCCAUCAGUUUCACAGGCAUUUAAUAUAAUCCGCUACAAAUACAUUUUCUAAGAAAUAAAUAAAAAAAAGCAGAAAACUUUCAUAAUAGACGAUGUUAGUGUAAACCAAAAGUCAAACAGUGUGUGACAGCGACGAAUUGUUUAUACAUAUAUGUGUGCGAAUGUGUGUAAACUAAACAAUUAAGCGUAGCAUAUGUUAGGAAUAGCAAAUAAGCGCGUUCAAGCAGACGAUCUCACCUACAUUCGUAAAUCAUCGAGACGCAUCCAAAUAUUCAUAGCUUGUCAUGUUAUAUUAACAAAGGAAAAGUACUACGACUGAGACGACACCCGCGAAAGAUUGCAUUAUUGUAAAGAGCCAACAAGGACAAGUCAGCAGUCAGCCAGCCAACCAGCCAGCAAAGGGCUGCGUUUACUUCACCAAUAACAGGCAAAUUCAGCAUCCCCACAACUACAUACAUCACAUCACAUUGCAUCGCAUCGAUACAUUCACAUGUAGCUCGAAAGUCAGAGCUUUGCAGUGGUGUACUUGUCGCCGGCAAAGAAGGAAGGAGGUGUGGAGAGCUCUCAUCUUUUAUAUAAAACUCUACCAAAAGAAAGAAACCAAAAAAAUCUAUCAUUGCGCCGACAGCACACCAACUUACACCAAUACUUGCAUAUACAUAUAUGUAUUUUAUAUAAAAUAAAAAUAAAAAAAAAAUAAAAAAUAUUAAUUCCAAUAUCAUAAGCUGAAAUAAUUAGCAUUACAACGACAACAAGAUUAGUGUAAUUCAUUUCAUAGUUAAUCAGGAGUACUGUACGACACACGCAUACAUACAAAACAGUUGAAACGAAAAACCAAAACAAGAACAAAUAACCAGUAAACGUAUUGUAAUUAUACAAAAUCAUAUGAAAGUUUUAUGAAAUAUGCAGAAUAGCCAUGAUAACUCAUAAACAACUACAACAAUUCAGAUAUAAGCAAAAAUAAUCAUCAAAGCAUACAUACAUACGAACAUACAUACAUAAAUACAUACAUACAUAUAUAGCGCGCCUCAUUAAAUAACCGAUAAAAGUAGCAUUUAAUCUGAAGACAUACUCGUGCGUCUGUACAUGAGAGCAUUCAUGCAUACAUUGCAAUAAGCAAAUACAAAUAGUAAAUAAACGAAUAAAUUUUUAAUUAAAAUUAAAAUUAUAAUAUAAAGUAUGAAUGAACUUACAAACGAGAUGAGACAAGAUUAUAUCAUUAUGAAAUAGUUACGUCAGUGCAACGUAAAUUACCGUUAAGAAAUAGUUAGUGAAACCAAAUACACUGCAUAUUUAUAUAAGUAUAUAACAUAUAUUUCUUAAGUUCAGUCUUACUUAGGUUGGUGCAUUAACAUACACAAAUGCAGGUAUUAUAGUGAAGCCAAGGCGAUAAUGAGCUGUUUUUCACAGUACAUACAUAUAUAA